AUGAACCCCGCCCGUGUGCUGGGGCCGGCCGUCGUCACCGGGGUCUGGGACCACCACUGGGUGUACUGGCUGGGGCCGGUGCUGGGUGCGGUGCUGGCCGGGCUCUCCUACGAGUUCGUCCUGGCCCCCGGAGCCUCCCGGGAGAAGUUGGGCGCCUGCCUCGCCUGCCGGGACGUGGCACUGGUGGAGACCCCCAGCCCGUCCCCUUCCUCACUCUCUGCCCGUGGCCCCCCAGCCCCCCCGGCUGAGCGGGACCAGGGGACAGCCUGAGCCCCCGGACCCCCCUCUCCGACCCACCCCACCGACCCUCGACACCCCGACACCGUUUCCUCGCAGAGCCCAGAACCUUCCAUGGGGGGCAGCCGGGGC